AACAUUAUCUGAAAUAAAAAAUAAAAUUCAACUUUAAUCAAGUGAUAGAUUAAGUAUCUACAAAAAAGCAUUCAAUUCGAUAUUAAUAUCUAUAAUUUCAAAUUCUUCUAAAAGAAGAUUUUGAUAGAUAAAAAAUUCGUAAGAUUAUUUUUAGAUAAUUAAACAACUUAUAGAUAUCUUUUAUAUUCUUGAAGAUUCAUCUAUUCAUUUAUCAUUUAACAUUGCAUAACUUUUUUUCAUAUUCUAAUUUAUUAUUUUUUUACAGAUCGUUAAAAUUAUUUGUGAUAUACUUGAAUGUCCCCAUCAUUAUGUAUUUUAUGGCAUAGCCAUAAAAAUUUUACAAAAUUCAAAAAAAUGAUUAUUGUAUCAAAAUUUUAUUAAUUCCAAAAAUUGUAUUCUCAGAUAAUAAAUAAAUUUCAGAGCAAUAGAAAUAUUGAUACAUUCUAUGUAUUUCAAAGCUAUUUAAUAAUGCAUUAGAUAAAGUUUAAUUCUUUUUCUACUUUAAAAAUUACCCCAAAAAAGUAAUAACCGUAAUCUUUAAUCUGCAUUAAAUGCACUCUACUAUUUGAAUAUUAUUGCAAUAAUAAAAAAAAUACACUUUUCUAUCUUUUAUUCACUAAUUUCUCAAUUGAUAUUAUGUAAUCAUAUUUCAAAAUAAUGCUUCACUUAUAAAAAGUGAGUUUUUUACGAAUUUUAUCGUUCUGCAAAAAUAUCUAAUUUACUUUAUACCACACCAUUGAAUGCACAACAUGUGCAACUAUCGUCAACGAACUGAAACGUAAACAGAUGGAUUAACCGUUGUCAAUAGUUAUGGUAACGGAAUAUAUGUAUCGAUCGAUGCAUAUCAUUUGUACGACACCAUGUGUAUACGAUAUUCAGUCGUUCCUACAACUUCGUUGAGGAAACAUGAUGGCGGAUGACAUUGCCGCAAUUCAGAAGAAGUUUGGUAGUCUGAACGAAUACAGCAUACAAUUGAACAGAUGGCUUUCAAAAACGAUAGGCGUAUGGCCACUUCCAUCCUCUACCUCGAAACUCGAGAAAAUAAUGACAAAGAUUUUAAUUUUUUUUUGUUGGAUUAUCGCUCUAUUUGUCACAAUAUCAAGCUUGUUAUAUUUUAUUCUCGUGAAAGAGGAUGUUAUCUCAAAAUUAAAAACACUUGGCCCUAUAAGUUAUUGCUUUGGUGGAGGACUUAAUUAUGCAGUGUUGUUGCUUCGUAAAAACGAUAUACGCUACUGUAUAGAUCAUAUAGAAAGCGAUUGGAAGGCUAUCACGAGGACAGGAGAUCGGCAAGUAAUGUUUAAAAACGCAAAAAUUGGUCGUAUCAUUUCCGGUUGUGUCGCGGGCUUCCUACAACUUAGUACUAUUUCUUUCUGCACCGUAUUUGGAGUUUUCAAACAGAAAAUUAAAAUCGGCAACGAAAGUAUGGAAAUAUACGUCUUACCUUUUCCAACUUAUAAAAUUCCGGUUGAUACUAAUCCAGGACAUAAUAUCGUACUUGGUUUUCAAUUUUUGGCCGGAUAUAUUAUGAGCGCUACUGUUGUUAUCGCUUUCAGUCUUGCUACAGUAUUUGCAUGCCACGCUGUUGGCCAGUUAACUAUAAUGGUUACUUGGAUCGAAGAAUUUGUAAAUCGGCCACAAGAAGAAAAUAAGAAUAUGCGUAUUGAUGAAAUAAGUGUGAUCAUCGAACAUCAUUUGAGGAUUUUAAGUUUUCUAGGACGUACUGAACAUCUAUUGAGUCCAAUAUGCUUCACGGAAAUGUUCAAGAAUAUAUUAACUAUAUGCAUGCUUAGCUAUUGCAUUCUUGCGGAAUGGUAUGGACGUGAUGUUACGGUCCUGAGUGCAUAUGCUUUUUCAAUAACGUGUAUAACAUUGAACACAUUUUUAAUUUGUUAUAUCGGUGAAAUACUUUCUGAAAAGUGUAAGAAAAUUAGUAAUAUGAUUUAUAUGACGAAUUGGUAUCGAUUAUCAGAAAAAGAUAUUUUUAAUCUGAUUAUGAUAAUGAUACGAUCUGGAAUGGAAUACAAAAUGACUGCCGGAAAGAUAAUUACUAUGUCAGUGAUUACAUUUGGUAACAUAAUAAAAACUAUUUUUGCGUAUUUAAAUAUAUUACGCCAGAUGACAAUAUUGUAAAGUGCACAUGUAUUGAAUAUAUAAGAAAAUAUAUAUCUAACAUAUCUAAUAAUAAACUUUGCAUAUUAGUAAUUUCAUUUGAAUGAAUAUGAAAAUAUAAUAUAUAUUUGUUUCAUAUAUAAUGAUUAAUUGCAUCUCUCUUAUUUAUUAAAGAUUAC